AUGUCGAAGAAACCCGGUUUAGCAGGUUCUGGCUUCUCCUCGGUAGCCUUGGGAGCGGCCUCGCCGGUCGCCUCGGACGCUUUCUCCGUAUCUUUCGAAUCUGCCUCCGGACUUUCCGAAGGCUUAUCAGCUGCACCCGCAGCGUCAGCAACCUUUUCUUCAGGAGUGCCGCUACUGUUAUCCACAGCACCACUGGCAUCUUUUGAAGCGCUGCUAUCAUCUUGCUUCGCAGAAUCAUCCACAUUUUCUGCGCUACUCUUACCGUCUUGUUCCGUCGCAUUAGUAACCACCUCUGCAGCAUUAGUGCUACCUUGCUCCGUCGGGCUUGCAACAUUUGCUGAACUAUCCUCGGCAGUUACUUCAGCAGCAUCACCACCGUCAUUUGUAGCACUACUCUCAUCUUGUUGUGGAGCAUUAACGGCGGCGGCUGAGUCACUCUUAUCAGCCGUGCCCUCAGCAUUGGCAACAUUCUCCGAAGUAUCCUUGUCAUCUUGUUUCUCAACCUGUUCGCCUUCUUGUUCUGCUGUUGGCUCAGCCUUGUCGCUCUCAGGUGCCUUCUCAGCAUCGGGAACAGCGGAGUCCUCAGCAGCUUUUUCAGCACCUUCGCUGACUGGGGCGUCUGCUGUCGCAGUUGCAGCAUCUGCCGCAGGUUCAGAUGAAACUUCAGCGUCCGUCUUGGGCGCCGAUUCGGAUGGCGAUUCUGAUUCCUCUUUCUUUGCUGGUGCAGUUUCCCCGGAUUUGGCAUCCUUUUCGGCUUCCUUACUCUCAACAGUUGAUGGCUGCUUUUCUACGUCAUUAUUGGCAGUUUGUGCUUCAUCGACAGUUUUGGAAGCAUCUGUUGCGCCCUCUUUGGCCGAAUCGGAGGUGCUUGCAGCGGUCGCUGGCCCUUUGUCAUCUUUCGUGACGGCAUUGGUUGUCUCCUUAUCAUCCUUCGCUUCAGCAGUCGAGCGCUUGGGACGCCCCUUCGCUCGGUCGUCGAGUCCGCUGGAUCCGGGUUUCUUUUCCGGUUGCUUAUCCUCUGCAGGUUUUGACGACUCUUGCUUCUUUGCGGGCGUGAAUAAGGCGAUGAAUUUGGAAAAUGAUAGGGAUUUGAAAAACUCAGCCGCUGUGUCUACAGUUACCUUCUUUUCGGCUUUAGCAGUGCCAGUCCCGCAGGGCUUGGCGGCGUCAGAACACUUGUGA